AUGGAUACCCACAACUUUACAGUGGUGACUGAGUUCAUCCUGAUGGGCAUCACUGACCAUACUGAGCUUCAGGCCCCAUUGUUUGGACUGUUCCUAAUCAUCUAUCUGAUUUCGCUGGUGGGAAACUUGGGCAUGAUCAUCCUAACCAUGGUGGAUUCCAGGCUAAAAACUCCCAUGUACUUCUUUCUCAGACACCUUGCUAUUACAGAUCUUGGUUAUUCAACUGCUAUUGGACCUAAAAUGUUAGCAAAUUUUGUUGUCAUUCAAAAUACAAUAUCAUUCAAUCUUUGUGCUACACAAUUAUCCUUCUUUCUUCUGUUCAUUGCUUGUGAACUCUUCAUCCUCUCUGUGAUGUCCUACGACCGCUAUGUAGCCAUCUGCAACCCUCUGCUAUACAAUGUCAUCAUGUCUCAAGCUAUAUGUUGGGUGAUGGUGGCUGUCCCAUACCUUUACAGUGUAUUUGUGUCCCUCCUAGUUACCAUAAAUAUUUUCUCUUCAUCCUUCUGUGGCUACAAUGUCAUCCAUCAUUUCUACUGUGAUGGUCUGCCCUUGAUAUCCCUGCUCUGCACAAAUACAGAUAAAGCUGAAAUGAUCAUUUUAGUUUUAUCUGCUAUCAACUUGAUUUCCUCCCUUUUGGUGAUCCUUGUCUCCUACCUUCUCAUUCUUAGAGCUAUUCUCAGGAUGAACUCAGCUGAGGGAAGGAAGAAGGCUUUCUCCACCUGUGGAUCUCACCUGACAGUGGUCACUGUCUUCUAUGGGACUUUGAUAUUUAUGUAUGUGCAGCCCAAGUCCAGUCACUCCUUCAAUACUGACAAAAUAGCUUCCAUCUUUUACACUCUGGUCAUCCCUAUGUUGAAUCCCUUGAUCUAUAGCUUGAGGAAUAAAGAUGUAAAACAUGCUCUUAGAAAGACAGGGAAAACUAUAUGCAAUUACUUCUCAUAG